GUGCUGCAACAACACAGGCACGCCUUCACGAAUUUCUUCAAGGUUCUAACGUAAGAGAGUCUCAUCCAGUUCCGUGGACUACAGAAGGAGAAGCCGCCUUCAAUGCCUCUAAGAAACAACUGCAAGAUGCAACGCUGUUAGUGUACCCAGAUACGUCACUACCGUGGGCUGUUUUUACCGACGCGUCCGAAUUUGCUAUCGGCGCCGUUCUUCAACAGCGCAGAGGUACCGUCUGGGAGCCGCUCGCCUUCUUCAGUAAGAAGCUUCAACCUUCCCUGAGGAAGCGAUGCCCAUACGACAGAGAGCUCCACGCAAUUUAUGAAGCAGUUCGUAAGUUCAGGCACAUUUUUGAAGGUCGUCACGUGACCAUUUAUACUGAUCAUAAACCGCUGCUGCAUGCUUUCAAACAAAAUCCUGAUAAAGCAAAUCCUUGGCAGUUCCAUCGCCUCGAUUUUAUUGGUCAGUUUUCAACAGAUAUUCAGCAUGUCGCAGGUAAAGAUAACGUUGUUGCCGACGCCUUAUCGAGAAUCGAAGCCAUAUCCACAGCAAUCUCGACGGCCGAACUAGCACAGACACAAGCAGCAGAUGCCGAACUCCAAGAACGUCUGCAAGACCCGAAUGGCGUCCUUCAACUACGACCUAUCAACAUGCCAGAGAGUCCAACUCCAAUUUACUGUGACGUCAACGAUCAGCUGAUUCGUCCCUAUGUACCAUUACCGCUACAUUUUCACGUUUCCCAGAAGCAUUCCCGAUUCCCGACAUUACCGCUGAGACUGUUGCCGGUGUGCUCUACGCAAACUGGAUUUGUCGUUAUGGCGUUCCACUUCGGAUCACGACAGAUCAAGGGACACAAUUCGAGAGCCAACUCUUCAACGCUCUCGCUCGAAGUACAGGCAGCAGACAUAUUCGCACGACGGCAUUUCACCCGCAAGCUAACGGCAUGGUGGAACGUCUACAUCGCCAAAUCAAAGCAGCAAUACGGUGUCACGAGAGUCCUCAUUGGGUAG